GUUUCUUUUACCAUGGAACGAAUAAUAAGAGCAUUCUUCAUUAUUUUUGUAGGGCUUUUUCACUAUGCUAAAACCCAAUCAUCAUCAAUUCCAACAUUCACCUCCAUUCUUGUGUUCGGAGACUCCACAGUGGACACAGGCAACAACAAUUACAUCCCCACAAUCUUCAGAGCCAACCAUCCCCCAUACGGCCUAGACUACACAAACGGCAUACCCACGGGGCGUUUCUCGGACGGCCAACUUGUCCCCGACGUGUUGGCGCAGUUGCUGGGGCUGAAACAGAAGGGCGUCCCUCCGUAUCUCCAACCAAACAUAUCCGACGCGGAGCUGAGGAGCGGCGUGAGCUUUGCGUCGGCGGGUUCGGGGUUCGAUGACCUCACCACGGCUCUCUCCGGGGCCAUCUCGAUGAGGAAACAGAUGGAGUAUUUGAAGGAGUAUAUAAAGAGGGUGAAGAAGAGCGUUGGGGAGAGAGAGGGUGAGAGGAUAGUGAAAGGUGGUCUUGUGAUUGUGAGUGGCGGUACUAAUGACUUUGUUCUUAACUUCUAUGAUGUGCCCACUAGAAGGCUUGAAUUUAGCAUUGGUAAGUACCAAGAUUUCCUGUUGGAGAAGCUCCAAGCUUUUGUCAAGGAGGUGUAUGAUGUUGGGUGUCGUAAGAUUAUUGUGAGUGGAGUCCCUCCAAUUGGGUGUCUUCCGAUCCAGUUGACCGCAAAGUCGCCGGUGCUCAGAAACUGUGUUGAAAACGAGAACUCCGAUGCUCAAUCUUAUAACGCAAAGCUUCAACAUAUGUUGGCGGCGCUGCAAGAAACGCUUCCAGGGAGCAAGCUUUUGUAUGCCGAUACCUACACUCCUUUGCUUAACCUCAUCAAUAAUCCACAAGAAAAUGGUUUCGUGGAAACAAAGAAAGGGUGUUGUGGAAGUGGAUUGGUUGAAGUGGGACCACUGUGCAAUACCAACUCCCAUGUGUGUACAAACCCUUCAGAGUACGUAUAUUUCGACAGCAUUCAUCUCACCGAAUCAGCGUACCUCCAAAUCACCGAGUAUUUGAUUGAGGAUCUCUUGCGCAAGCUCUCCGACAAUGAGAGCCGUUGAUCAAUCUUUGCAUAUUCAUGUUUACAACUCGUUAAUUAUGCAUCCUUGUUACCCCCUUGUACAUAGUUAUAUAUCAUUCCUAUUUAAUUUGCCAAUUAAUUCUAAGCCUAUUAUUAUUAUUAUUAUUA